CAGGUGGCGGGUCUCAUGUUGCUCAGUGACCGCUCCCCUCCAGCAGAGGAGGUCCAGGUAACACUGGGCAGACAGGUAGACGUCACACCCGAAGCUGCUACAACUGGACUGGACGACUGCUGGACAGAAUGAUGAGAACAGAAGUGUGUGUCCGUGGUUCUCUCUGUGUCCUGGUUUGAACUGGAUUACCGUCUGUUUUGGCACAGGAACGUUUUCAAAGCAACAACUAAAACCGACCAUCUGAUAAAGCAGGUUUGGUAAAGUUUGGCCAUGCAGUCGUUGACUCAGGAGAUUCGGAGCUUCUCCCGGACUCGCCUGCGGAAGCAGUGCACCCGUGUGACGUCGCUGAGUGGCCGACGCAUCAUCGAGACCUGGAAGGGUUCGACGAUUACUGUGGUCGAAGACCCUGUCCCGCCAGAGAAGAUGCUGGGMUACGUCCCCGAUACKUCCUGGGACCUGCAGGUCGGCUCUGUAAAGCCAUACCUGCUUCUGGGUUCCCAGGAUGCUGCGCACGACUUUGGCACCCUAAGAAAACACAAGGUUUCCCACAUCCUGAACGUGGCGUUCGGCGUGGAGAACGUGUUUCCGGACCUGUUCAUCUACCGGACCGUCAGCAUCCUGGACCACCCUGACGCCGACCUGCUGCAGUACAUGCAGGACUGCUGCGACUUCAUCCAGCAGGCUCACAGAGAGAAAAGCGUUGUGCUGGUCCAUUGUAAUGCCGGUGUGUCCCGCGCCCCGGCUGUCGUCAUCGGCUACCUGAUGUCAUGUGACGGACUGUCCUUUGAAGACGCGCUCUCAUUGGUGAAGUCCGCCCGGCCGGCCUCCUCUCCUAACCCCGGCUUCCUGGAACAGCUGAGGAACUACAAACUGCCUACGAUGAACGGGUCUAAAGACUGAAGGCAGAGUCUGGCGAAGGUCAUGCAGUCUGACGAGAAAUCUCUGCGAUUGUAAUAAAACAUUGUAAAGAAACGCUUAAACAUUUCUUCUGUGUAGAUUCGUUUUUAUUGGUGCAGGAAUACAUUAGAGAGUUUGCAGGAAAUGUUAGAUACCAACCAUCAGAGUGAAAUUAGGUCUGAGAAUAACUGCAACUAUCAAAACUUCCUGUUUGAUUUCUAUUUAUUUUCUGUGUUGUAUGCCUUUUUGUGAAUUUUAGAUUUCAAAAUGUUCUUCAYGAGCUUCUUACCAGCAAUAAGAUCUCUCUUGCUGAUGUUUUUUUCCAUAUUAAAGCUACUAUCCAAUGA